UGCGGUAAAAAAAACUCCGUCGAAUCAACGGGAUCAGAAGAGAAUAACGAAGAGACGAGAGCCACGAAUGUCGCGAUCGAUGGCGCGAGUCAUCACGAGGCUGCUUUGCUCACGAAAGAUCUCGGUCGGAAAUCCCGCAGGAAAGAGUCCAUCGAAAGCGGAAGCGUCGCGUCGGGUGAGGAAACUGAUAGUACGAAGUUGCGAAAAAGAUCCAACAGCCGUUCUUUGUUCCUGAAUAAAUUGGCUACACCGUCGCGCAGACACACGAGCUCGUUCAGUGACUCGGCAACGCGAGGAGAUUCCUUCGGGGAAUCGAGGACAUUUCCAGAAUUCACUCUCGAUUCGCCUCGCUUGAGGCUGAACAGGAACUUGAAGUCCCUAACGAGGAGUCUCGAGGCGCGGGUGGCGCCGGCUCAACGACCAGUCGAGUUCGGGUUGGAAAAGGAGGUGUCGAGCCCUAUGAGGGUCGCGAUGUCGCAUAACGAUGAGGAUAACCCGGAGUACCUCUGGUCGAACAACAAGAGAGACCUGGAGCGAUACAGCACGAGCAGUACGACCUUGAGAGAGACAUAUAGCCCCGUCGAGCUGGAGUUCUACCACGAAGCGACGGCUUAUUUGGACGUCCUCCGAUUGUUAAACAUGACUGAGGAGCCUCGCACGGAGUACCCGACCGUUGCUGACUUGAUCACACCGGCUGUCCCGAAGCCGUUAUCACUGUUGACGACGGAAUUUGCUGACGUAUUCUCGCCUCGCCUCGCGGAGGAAGCAACGACCGCUUCGAGUGUAACAACAUCGGAGGAGCUUCCAGAAGAAGUGACUGAACUGACUCCACGUGAGAAUGAGACGGGUUAUAUUACCGAGUUCAAGUACUAUGCAGACAUCGACGAUUACGAUAAUCAGAACUACACGAAAAUGUACGAAGACGCAAACGCCACAUAUUGGUAUAAGUACAUGGAAGAAACUACAAGUGUAACGGAAAAGGCUGCUGAGAUCGAAGACACUGUCGAAACGACGGCCGGUACCACUUUGAAAGUUACGAUUUCCGCGAUUACUCAGUUUCCAUACGAGACGACACCUUCAAUAGUUGAAAGUGUGACUACUGAGAAAGGAACGACGGAAACGACGACUGCAAGUUUGUUUACAAUUACGGAGACUAAUAAAACGAUCUUUAAUACAUUGAUGGAGACAAUAGCGACUACUUUGGGCUUCUUGACACCUGAGGAAGAAGAGAGUCCGGUGACGCAGAUUGAGAAGACUAUAACUGCGGAGGAAAUGACAACUACGGAGCGUCCAACGACUACCGAAGCUCCGACCACUAUAAUAACUACUGAGACUGUAACAACUAGUGAAACUCCAACUGCUACAAUCGCUGGAACUAUACCGACGAAAAUAGAAACUACAGCAAUCACUAAAAUUCCAGUCACUACUCAAACUCCAACAACUAUCAAAGUUCUAAUUACCAAAGGCAAAGUUUUAACAACUACAGAAAUUCGAAAAACUACUAAAGUUCCAACAACUACAAAAAUCCCAACAACUGUAAAAAUUCAAACUACCACAAGAAUUCCGACAACGAUCAAAACUCUAAUAACCACCGGAGUUCCAACCGCUGCAAGAACUGCUGCAAUUACAACAAUGACAAAAACUACAGCCACUAAAAUCCCAAUCACUAUCAGAACUCCAACAACUAUCGGAGUCUUGACCACUGAAACUCUGAUAACUUCCGAAACUCCAAUAACAGGAGAAACAACUAUCAAGAUUCCAAUCACUACAAUCGAAAUCCCAACAACAAAAACUUCAACUACUACCGAAACUCCCACAACCAUCGAGCUUUUGACUACUACCGAAAUUUUUACAACUUCCGAAAGUGCAAUAACAACAGAGAGUUCAACUACUAAAAUUCCAACCACUACAACCGAAAUCCCAACUACAAAAACUUCUACUACCGAAAUUCCCACAACCAUCGAGCUUUUGACUACUACCGAAAUUUUUACAACUUCCGAAAGUGCAAUAACAACAGAGAGUUCAACUACUAAAAUUCCAACCACUACAACCGAAAUCCCAAUUACAAAAACUUCUACUACCGAAACUUCCACAACCAUCGAGCUUCUAACUACUACCGAAAUUUUUACAACUUCCGAAAGUCCAAUAACAACAGAAAGUGCAACUACUAAAAUUCCAACUACUACAAUCGAAAUCCCAACUACAAAAACUUCAACUACUACCGAAACUCCCACAACCAUCGAGCUUUUGACUACUACCGAAAUUUUUACAACUUCCGAAAGUACAAUAACAACAGAGAGUUCAACUACUAAAAUUCCAACCACUACAACCGAAAUCCCAACUACAAAAACUUCUACUACCGAAACUCCGACAACCAUCGAGCUUCUAACUACUACCGAAAUUUUUACAACUUCCGAAAGUCCAAUAACAACAGAAAGUGCAACUACUAAAAUUCCAACUACUACAAUCGAAAUCCCAACUACAAAAACUUCAACUACUACCGAAACUCCUACAACUAUUGAACUUUUAACUACUACCGAAAUGUUUACAACUUCCGAAAGUCCAAUAACAACAGAAAGUACAACUACUAAAAUUUCAAUCACUACUAUCGGAAUUCCAACAACUGCAGAAUUUCCAGCCACUGCCGAAACCUUAAAUGCUACCGAGACUUCAACGAUUAUCGAAAGUCCAACAACUAGUACCGAAGUAUCAACAACUGCAGAAAGUUCUACGAUCACUGAAACUCAAUCGACUACCAUUUCUGCCACAACUUUCAGUACAUUUUCGACAGAAACGACUGAAAGUACAACUUCUCCGGUGGUAACUAUUACGACGACGUCUCCGACUGAAAGACUUGAAACUACAACAACCACAUCAAUGAUUCCUACAACGGUACUUACUGAAACAAGCCCGACCAUAUCGCCCAUCAUAACGGAUACGACCAUGAAUGCAACAGUUUCCCGUACAACUGCAAGUAUAAUUACAACGGAGAGUCUUGAAGGUACAAUGUUUCCCUUCGUGAAUUUCACUACGCCUCUCAUCACGGAAGCUCCAGUCUCAACGAUUAUCACAACAGCCACUGGAACGACCCUUGAAAAAUACCCUGAGGAAUACCCUGAAACAAGUACAGAAAAAGAAAUAACGAUGACUGCGAGUACAGCUGAGACGGAGAAAGAAAGCAUUACGACUUCGAUCAUCACCGAAGAAACGUCACUUGUAAACGAGACGGUUACUUCACCUUUUACCUCUACUAUCGCAAUAACGCCAACCACAAUCACGUCUACCAUGAUAACUGAAGAAACCUCAACAUCAACGACGGAACAAGUUACCAUUGCCAAUUUUACUACAACACCCGAAGAGACUCCGUCAACCGAAGAAGAGACUACCGCUGCCACCUUCACAACAUCAUCGACUGAAGAAACACCAACAUCCACCGAAGCUGCGUGGACUUCUACUGAAAGAAGCACUGCAUCUGAAGUAGAAACUAUCACCACAAGUACCACUUUUGCACCGACAAUAGUUAAUGCGACAGAAGUCGCGACGACUUCUACAGUUUCACCGGAGACUGUCACAGAAACAGCAGAAACAAGCACAACUAUUGUUACCAUGUUAUCAACUACUGAGCGAGCAGAAUAUGAAGAGACUCUAGAAAUCGCCGAGCCAACCACCGAAACGACCACUCUACUUACCGAGUCGACAUUGAUUACGACGAAAACGCCCGUAAUUACUCCAGAAGUUACUUCAGUGUUCCCAAAGACUGCCUCAGAGACGGAGUUUACAACAGUACCGAGCACGACUGAGAGGCCCACAUCAUCGAUCGAAACGACAGUCUUCCUCGCGACUUCAACUUCGCUCACGGCUACUAAAGUAACGCCUGAAGUCGAAACAGAAUAUUACGUAGAUAAAGCAUUAGAGUCACAGUACGAAGAUGAAGAAAAAGUUGGAGAGUGCGACACAGCAAUCCCGACCGACAGAUGGUAUUACUAUGACGAGUACGAAAGCACGACGAAGGAGAGAACAACCGUUACAUCCAGCACAGUGAGCUACACGGAGUUACCUGAAGAAAGAGUGACGAGUCCGCCACUUCUUGUCGAAACUACAACAUCACCGUAUGAAAGCAAAACUCCCGAGUUCACGACAUCCCCGACAAUCUCCGAGACCGCGACGACGAUCGGUGUAACCUCGAUCAUUUCAAGAACACCUCGUCGUACGUACGUCGACGAAGAAGUUACCUCAACUAUCUCUUUGAAAACGACCACCGUGAUGGAAAAGGCGAAGACACUGACAACGGAAACUACCGAAUCUACUGAGUCUACGAUGUUCAGCGUAGCAAGCAAAGAGGAAGAAACCUCGACGACUGCAACCUUCGGCUCUACGGAAGAAUACACUCUUCCGCCUUCGACAGUUCUCGAGAUUACGACGAGACCGCUGGAAAGUCUGACGAUCCCUCCCAAAUACACGUACGUAGAGCCUGACUGGCUGGAACCCGUCACGAAGCCUGAGGAGAUUCCCGAGCGGGAAGUCGGCUUGGAGAAGACAACUUCGGAGCGUGUCUCGACGGAGACCAAAGUUCCCGUGGAAAAGUCAACCUUCGUCUUUGUCUCGCCGGUGUUCACGACGUUCUCGGAGGAAGAACUGAUGGACGUGACAACCGUGAGUUCUGUGGUCCCUAGCUCGGAGAUAGAGACCACCGAGUACAAAGUCACCACCCAGUCGCCGAAGACAACGUCUAUCAUAGAGGAAAGUACAAUUUCCGACAUCGAGACUACCACCACCACUACAUAUACGGACACAAUGAAGUUCACGACUGAAAGCGUUCUGCCACAUCCCAUCACGGUACCUACCUCAUUCACCGUGACAGAAGUUGAAGCUGAGCUCAUCACGAUGAGCAAGAUCGGAGAGGAUGUGGUACGAGAGCAGCAGAAGAGACGAUUGCUGCAGCAGCUGGACGAGCUGAAGCGUCAUGAGAAGGAGAUGGCGGAGAGAGAAGAGAGACUGAAGGAGAAGGAGUGGCAAUGGGACCGAGAAAAGAAGAGACGUGAAGAGAAGAUGAAGCAGCGUGAGGAAGAAGAAGAAGAGGAAGCCAUAACCGCAGUCACGCCUAUCGUUUCGACUACGAUCACUCCGAUCGACACAGAAGCUGUCAGUACAGAAAGUUUGACGAUGUCAACUGUCAGCAUUCUCGAGAUUCCGUCUCCUGUCCUCGAUACGACGUUUAUUACAUUGAGCAGCAGUUUGGCCGAGACCACCGCAGCUGGGACCGAAGCAACAGCGAUUUACACCACAGAGAAGAACACAUCCACCGACGUGAUCUCAAUCCCUGGUGCAGAAGGUGAGUACGACGAAGAGAUAGAGAACCUGAAGAAGCAAUUGCGCGAGAAGGAACGCGACCUGGAAGAGAGAGAAAAGAUGUUACUGGAGAGGGAGCGGAGACUGGAGGAAGACAUAAAGAAGUUCGAGAAGUACAUGGAGGAACUGGAGAGCGAAGAGAUCGACACAUCGAUCGCGUUGUCCGAAGAAUCGACGAUGUCGAUAAGUUUAACGACACCGGUGCCGCCGACGGAGAAGCUCACCAUUGCAGAAGUCACCACGCGAGUUGGUGUGCCAACGGCGAAGAUGACGGUAACACCCCGACGGAAGACCACGAGAGUGACUGAGGAAAGGAAACGAACCAAGUACGUUCCUGAGGAGGAAGUAGAAAUUGUGACGAAGAGGAUAUGUCUGAAUGUUCUGGCGAACACGACGAUUCCUUACGAGAAAGGUCGACGAGACGUGAUGACGAGGAAGAUUUGUCUGCCGUAUUUCCCCGAGAAGAAGGAGCCGAAGAGGUCAAUUGGUCGAUUAGGUAGGAAGAUUCUCGCUUUCCACGCUGCGAGAAAGAUCGACAGGUCGAAGUUGAACUUUCCGCCACACCUGCGGCGCAGAAAAAAUCGAAGGAUAAUGAGGGCCGCUUCUAAGGUCAAGAAUCCGCAGUUGUCGCAUCGCGAAUGGCUGAGUAGGGAAACUACGAAGUCGUUGAGGCACUUCAAGAGUUUCACCAGAAUGUACCAGGUCGCAAGGAGAAUUUCCCCGAAGAACGCUGUGCCUAUUGGCAGUGCGCGAGGAAACGAUGACGGUCCUCGAGCUAUAACUUCCCCGUACGAACAACGUGUCCUCGAUCGACACGAGAUUCCCUUUCAAGCGAUCACUACGGCGAUGUCGGGUGGUGAAGGAUGCAAGAAAAGAUGCGCUCCUCCGGGGGGUAACCCGAUUUGUAAAAGAGAAAGUGACCUGUCUGGUAGGAAUGACGAAGUAAUGAUCGCCGAUACUUCGAUAACUAAGAAGAGACCCGACGAAGACGAGUACGAAUCUUAUACGGUGAAGGUGCUGCGUAUGAAGUACAACGAAGACGAAGAGACGCAUCGGACAACGUCCGUUGGGUGGGACGAAGAACCAGAUGAAACGACGGCGGUUACGUCCGAGUCGAGCAACGAACAAGAGUACGAAGGUGACGGAAACGAGGAUCUCGAUCGCGUCGUUGAUUUCGGAGAAGUUCACAAAGUCACCAAACCAUAUUACCAGUUUAGAGAUAAGGAUGAUACGGAAGGGAGAAAAAAUUAUUUGUCGGAGAAAAUGGAAGAAAUCGAAAAGGAAGCAGAGGAAGAAGAAGAAGAAGAAGAAGCAGACGAAGAUGAUUAUGGUCGAGCGAAGACAUCGACACUGGCGAUGGAGAAGAUCUUAGUCGAUCCGAGCAAACGUGGAAUAUUGGUAGGGAAGCAGAAAAAACUAAUGGAUCAAGCGUGGCCCACAGAGAAAAGCACGACGUACCACUUGGGUGACACCAGAUACUGGGAGCUCGAGCCCCAAGUGACGGAGACAACGGAUGUAUUUGGUGCCACCACCGCUACUGCUGCUGAAGCUAUCGACUUGUCGAUCAGCAGAACGACGUGUCUCUAUGUCGUCCUCAAGAACAGAAGAAACCGCGCGAGAACGAAGCGCGAUGCGCAACGUCGUUGUGAAGGCAGUCUUCGUUCUUUUGCGCCUACAGUCGGUGCACAACGAGGUAACUUCCUGAAGGACGCAACGAGCGAGCGUCCGUCGCGCGAGAAGAAACUGAGAAAGAAAAGGAGUGUCGAGAAGAAAAAGGCACCGCGACUCAGUAAUGAGCUCCCGACGAUGAUCAAAGGUCGCAGGUUGUGCGCGAUCAAUGAGGGCAAGUCGAAGCAUCGAGCUGCUGAACACACGCAUAUCAAAAAUACCAAACGCAAGGAUCAAGAAGCGAAAGCGAGCAAGUCGCAAGGACCGCACGCUCCGCGAGUUCGCGCGUCUGACAGCUGCGUGGCGAGUAAAAAAAAUUCGGAUCAACGCAAGGGUACGAUCAUGAAAGCGAGCGUGGAUCGCCACACUCGAGCGAGGAUCAGCAAGGACGAGAGAAAUGCCGCGGUCAUCGGCCAUAGAGACGAAGUCGCGGCGCAAUCGCGCGGUUGCGCGGAUUGUAUCUGCGACGUCAUGGACGUGAUCACGCACGUGAAGUCCAUCUUGAACAGACUGAGUUAUCCCUUGGACGAAAUCAGAGCGCUCAAUUGCAGCAGGUGCAAAGAGACCCAGGACAAAAUAGUGAUCUCACUGGACUCCGACAUGGAGGAGGACGCCAGGAUGUUUCCGCAGCCGCGUUACAACACCGGGUCGCUCAAGGGCCAAAAGUACAUCAAGCCGGAGGACCUCGAGGGCGAUCCCAGGAACGAGCUGGUGCUCGAGAACGAUCGCGACAUCAUUUCGCUGCCAGGUCUUAACCUGAACGUGCCCUGUAACCGAGAAGGCGACGGAAUCACUUGGCUGUCGAGCGUCAGCAGGCCGAGUUACACGUGGAAGCGGGCGGAUGGUAUCGCGCUUUAUGGUUUCGUAGCGGAGAACGGCGAUUUGGAAUUACGCAACGUGAACGCUAAAGACACGGGGAAUUACACGUGCGUCAUGACGUACAUGGGCGCUGACAACGAGGAGCCCGUGGAGGCCGCUUACGAGGUUCGCCUGCGAGUCGUGACGCUGCCGAGGUACAUUCUACACGGCGAGGCUCGCUAUCGAGUGCGAUUCUGCGACGAGAGAGGUCUGGACGCGCUGACGACGUAUCUUCCGUUGAAACUGAAUAAUGUCCUGUGCGAGGCAGACAUCUGCAAUGCUUAUGUUCUCACACCGUCCUGCUCCCGCAGUCAAAUCACGAUGAAUGUCCUGAUAGCGCCGUCGCACAUCGUGAAACUCACGACGAUCGAUCACAAACACUGCAACAUCUUCUGCCUCAAGGCCAUUCAAGACAAACUCUCGCUGAUACUAAGCAGAAACCUGCAGGUCUUCCUCGAGAAAACCAUUAUUUUCAGAUUACCCCGUUACGAGCAGAGACUGGCGCCGAUCGCGGAUAGGCCGUCGCUCGCGAGACGAAGAAGAGGCAGAAGUGACGAGAGCGCGUCCGCCGAUGGAUUCGCCAACGACAUCGGCUUAUUUUCCAGCUGCCCGGCCGGCUACGGUCUUCGUGGUACGCAUUGUGUUCCUUGCGACGUGGAUACUUACAGCGAGGACGGGAUAUCGCGCUGCAAAAGAUGUCCGCCCGGCACUUACCAGCCCAAUCACGGCGCCAGGGUUUGUCGCACGUGCACUAGCCCGUUGACGAGGGGUUGUCACAACAUGCUUUGGAAUUCAUUCUCCACCGUGAUGGUGACUCUGGCGAGCCUUAGCGUGUUGGUGUCGGUAUUCCUACUGUUCUUAUGGCUGAUCUGCUGCGCGAAAAAGAAAUUGUGCGCAAAGCGAAUAAUCGGCGUUAUAUCCGGUGAAGACGCACUUCAGCAAGAGAGUCUCGUGGAGGAGAAACCGUUAAUUAGGGACGUUAGUGAAGAUGAGGACCAGCGGUGGGAAUAUAGGGCUAAGAAGAAACGAGGGAAGGACAAUGUAAAUAGAAAACGUCGAAAGCAGAGCGAGAAGAGAUGUGAAAAGGCACGAGCUAGUAAAAACAUACACGAAGACGAAUGGAGAUCGCAUCGCUUAAUGGAUACGCCGAUCAACUACCUCGAUUCUUAUCGGUCUCAUGAGGAUUAUAAUAAUCAUUACCCGGAGCAGUCGCAUCGCAAAGGACCCCGUCUGCCUGAGCGUGAUUUUGACACGUGAUACACGAUGCAUGAUGACGCAAAGAAUCGCAUGACAAAUAUGAGAUGCAGCGAAAACGUAGCUUAAGUGAAUUUUGUACAAAUACUCUAGACAUAACUCCUAACUCCUAAGACGUAUGUGACAUCCAUGGGACUGCAUGUAUAAUUUUAAUGGCUAAUUAUAUCUAGCUUAAAUAGUGCGUUUUUUUAAUUAAUUAUCAGAUGCCUACUAUAUACAGAGAAUAUACAUUACGAUUAGAUAUUACCUAUAUAGUACAUAGAUGCAAACAUAUUUGUGCAACUAUACACAUUUCUGAAAUAAGCGUGUAUAUUAUUUUUCCAUCACUGAUAAAGAUUUAAUUAAUGAUUUACCAAGUAAUAACUUCUUAUGUGAUGAGUAGACAUCUAGUAUUAGAAAGAUCGUAAAAUUAAAAUCUAUAGACAAAAGUUAGUGCAAUGUAUAUUUUUAAUAAAGAUUCAAGUCAAAAAUGAGUAAUGAUUUAAUGUUGUUAAAGAUUUUUCAUUACAUAUUUCCUAUUACGGUAAUCCUUUCGCUAGUCCAACAAUUCUUCAACAUUGACAACACGAAAAGAUACUAGAGUCGCACAGCUUGCUAAUC